UUGUAAUAGUCCGCAUGAAGAGCAGCCCAAUGCCAAAGAAGGCAGGGAAGCUCAAACCACAAGAAAUCCACUAACCUGAUUUAACUUUUCCAUGUUAAAAAAAUGUAUUCCAUAAUUAGCACUUGCACUUUUCAAAAGGAGGAGUUGACAAACUUAACGACAUGUCAAGAACUCUCUCCUAUAUAAAUAGAGCAGCAUGCAUCGUUUAGGAAGCACUGCUCCAAUUGACAUUCUACAAUUUCGGAAGAUAAUCCAUUUGGGAUACUACAUUGACUGUGGGACCAAAUUAUGCUGAUUUAAACUUCAAACAUGGAUUCAAAACAGAUCUGUGCUCUUUUGUUGUUGGUUUCUGUGACUCUGGUCUACGGAACAGGAUUUAAUAGAUAUGCUUAUUUACGCAAAAAUGUAAAAAGCCAAGGGGAUUAUCAUGUAAAAGGAUAUGAUUCUCAGUAUUCUGAAGAAGAAGAAGAACAAGAAGACAGUGAUGACAGCAGAGAUUUUGAAGCAGAACAAGGACAACAUGGGCUACGAGGGCCACCAGGCCCACGAGGACCACCAGGCCCACAAGGUCCACCAGGUUCUCCUGGAAAAACUGGCGUUGGGGCGCCAGGAGCCCCUGGCAAACCUGGCAGACCAGGGGCACCAGGACUGUCAGCUAUGGGAAAACCAGGAAUCCCUGGAGCACCAGGAAGACCAGGUGGAGCAGGAGCCCCAGGAGAAAAGGGCGAUAGAGGACCCCAAGGGAUUCCGGGACCCAGAGGCAAAGCAGGACCCAUAGGAUAUCCUGGGCCGGCAGGAUUAUCUGUUGCUGGUAAACCAGGACCCCAAGGGCCACCAGGUUCUGCAGGAGCACCAGGUCAACGAGGGGAAAGGGGAAUGCCAGGGCCCAUGGGUCUUCCUGGGGCAAAAGGGGAAAUGGGAGUGGGAAUGCCUGGGCGUCCUGGUAGCAGAGGGGAAGGAGGCCCUCAGGGGCCACCAGGCCCACCUGGACCAGCAGGAAUAGGGAUGGCUGGUGCCCCUGGUCGUCCAGGUCCAGCAGGUGAAAAGGGGGCUAUGGGCUUACCAGGUCCAACAGGAUAUACAGGCGCACCAGGACCAAAAGGACCAGCAGGAAGUCCUGGAUUACCGGGAAUGGGAAAGCCCGGAAAACCAGGUGCACCAGGGAUGCCAGGAGCCCCUGGAGGUAAGGGUUCUGCUGGUCCACAGGGUUUGCCUGGUGCACCUGGACUGCCUGGUUAUGGAAAACCAGGAUUACCAGGGCUCAAAGGAGAACCUGGUGCUGCAGGUGCCACCGGUUACCCAGGUGAGAAAGGAGAGCCAGGACCAGCUGGGGCACCUGGAGCUCCUGGAUCCAGAGGAUUACCAGGUUCAGCCGGUCCACAAGGCCCAAGGGGCUCAGCAGGUGCAACUGGUGCACCAGGAGAGAAAGGUCCUAUGGGGCCUGCUGGUUCGCCUGGAUAUCCAGGACCUAAGGGUCAGAUGGGACCAGCUGGUGCCCCUGGAAAAUCAGGACUGCCAGGACUGCCAGGUCCACCAGGCCAAGAAGGACAGCGAGGACCAGCUGGCGCCAAAGGCAGUAUGGGACCUGCUGGUGCACCUGGUAAAUCAGGAAGCCCUGGCCUUCCAGGUAGUCAAGGACCAGUAGGGUAUCCUGGUGAAGCAGGGGCAAGAGGAAAUACAGGCCCACCUGGCCCAAGAGGUCCAGCUGGCGCUGCAGGUGCUCCAGGGUUUCCUGGAGAAAAAGGAGAUCCAGGACGUCCUGGCCCACCUGGUCCUCCUGGAAAUUUUUAUGGGAAAAUGAGUAGUGGCCCACCUGGUGCACCUGGUGCACCUGGAGCAGAAGGACCACCAGGCCCUCCAGGUCUUCCUGGCCCACCAGGCCCACCAGCAGAAAUGUUUACACCCCCAGGCAAGUACAAUUAUAACGGUUACAUUAAAUCAGGAGAGCCCUCGACUGGGUUGCUCAGUCCAUACCCAGCCUUUACUGCUAUCCUUUCCCACUCAUACUACCGUACAGGGGAACCAAUAGUGUUUGACAAAUUAGUGACCAAUUCAAAUAGGAACUAUAAUCCAUCAACUGGAAUUUUCACAUGUGAAAUACCUGGUAUCUAUCAGUUUACUUAUCAGGUGCAAGUCAAGGGAGCAAAUGUUUGGGUUGGAUUAUACAAAAAUGAUGAGGCUGUGAUGUACUCAUAUGAUGACUAUACAGAAGGUUAUAUUGAUCAGGUCUCAGGAAGUGUGAUCUUAUAUCUACAUGAAAAUGACCACGUCCAUGUUCAGUUACCUACAGAAGAGUCUAAUGGUUUAUAUUCUUCAGACCUCAUGCACUCAUCAUUCUCAGGGUUUCUAAUUGUUCAUUCAUGCAAUGAAAUAAAUUUGUAUCAUUCAGCAAGCAAAGAAGACAGCAACUCAAAAUCUGCAAGUAAUGAAGUAAAAGGGCACGGAAACAAUGGUGAUUCUAAUUCUGCAAGUUAUCAAGUAAAGGGGAAGUAUGCAUUCAGGAUUGUUGACAAUUCUGAAAGUGAUGAAUCUGAUGGCCAAGAUUCAGAAAACAAUGAAACUAACAAUGAUUCUGAUUCCGAUUCCUCUUCCUCUUCUUCCUCAGAAGAACAAGAUGGAGAGCCAGGGCCACCUGGUCCACCUGGUCCACCCGGUCCACCAGGAUACCCAGGAAAGCCAGGAUUUGGGCUGCCAGGGCAUCCUGGUAAGCCUGGACCACCAGGGCCACAAGGAUUAUCGGCUGUUGGAAAACCAGGCCGUCCAGGAGAAGCAGGAAGGCCAGGUGUGCCAGGAACUCCUGGACGAAAAGGGGAUAAGGGAUCGCCAGGGAAGCAAGGACCAAGAGGGCCUCCAGGACCCAGUGGACCUCCUGGACCAGCUGGGUUAUCUGUCAUUGGUAAACCAGGUGCUAAAGGAGAACCAGGUCAACCAGGAACACUUGGAUUUCCUGGAAGAAAAGGGAACCCAGGAUACCCAGGUCAACCUGGGCCAAAAGGGGAUAAGGGUGUUGGGAGUCCAGGGCGACCAGGUGAUAAAGGUCCUCCUGGACCACAUGGUCCACCAGGUCCACCUGGACCACAAGGAAGAGGACACCCAGGAUCUCCUGGUCCUAAAGGUGAAUCAGGUCACAAAGGAGAAAAAGGAUCACCAGGAUCACCAGGAGAGCCAGGUAAACCAGGUCAAAGUGGUCCACCAGGACCUCCUGGAAAACCAGGGAUUGGAAAACCUGGAACAAGGGGACCUCCAGGACUUCCUGGGAUGAAGGGCCAUCCUGGUCUGCAAGGCUUACCAGGUGCACCUGGACUGCCAGGUUUAGGAAAACCAGGACUUCCAGGACACAAAGGACACCCAGGUUCUCCUGGUGAAACUGGAAAACCAGGAGAGAAAGGAGAGUGUGGCUCACCUGGAAAACCUGGACCACGUGGUUCAGUAGGACCAUCAGGGCCACCAGGACCAAUUGGCCCAAAAGGACCACCAGGUACAGUUGGUGCACCAGGAGAAAAGGGUCAUCCAGGAAUAAUGGGUCCAAAAGGGCAGGCAGGCUCAAAAGGUGAGCCAGGACGAACUGGUGAGCGAGGACCACCAGGGCCCCAAGGAAAGCCAGGUUCAGAUGGCCAUAAAGGACUACCAGGUUCACCGGGUAAAAACGGUGAUAAGGGACUUACUGGGCCACGUGGAAAGCCAGGCAGUCCAGGUAGAACAGGCCCUCAAGGACCUCAAGGCCAUCCAGGCGAACCUGGAAAGAAAGGACAUCCUGGAAUACCUGGCUCAAAAGGCUUACCUGGGCUUCCAGGUUCUCCAGGGCACCCUGGAGUAAAAGGAGAUCCCGGGGUUCCAGGAACAUCAGGUCCACCAGGCCCCCCAGGUAAAUUUAAUGGAAAAGUCACUGUAGGGCCACAAGGUCCACCUGGACCAAAAGGACCAAGUGGGCCACCAGGCAAUCCAGGACUUCCCGGUCCAGCAGGCCCACCAGGAGAAAUUAUAAUGCACACUGGGAAAUAUACAAGCUAUAAUGGCUACAUCAACUCAGGUGAUGUAGUGAGCCCUGUUCCAGCAUUUACUGCCAUUCUUUCUCAGCCAUAUCGUUCAACGGGGAAGCCAAUAGUCUUUGACAAAAUACUGACCAAUUCAAAUAAUAACUAUGAUCCAUCAAAUGGAAUUUUUACAUGUGAAAUAACAGGUAUCUACCAAUUUUUUUAUCAUGUACAUGUCAAGGAAGCAAACGUUUGGGUUGGAUUAUAUAAAAACAAUGAACCUGUAAUGUAUACCUAUGAUGAAUAUUCACCACAGUAUGUUGAUCAUGCCUCAGGAACUGCUAUCUUACAUUUAGAUCAAGGUGACAAAGUAUAUGUAAAGUUGCCAGCAGAAAAGUCUAACGGCUUAUAUUCUUCUGAAUAUAUGUAUUCGUCUUUUACUGGAUUGUUAAUUACACCAUCAUGA